AACACCAGGAAGUUCCAACACAGUCCACAUAGACGUUGGGCUUGGACGCUGAAUAUCUCUUUUAGGCUUUAUUCUUUCUAACAAAUUGAAAACAGUCACAUUUGGUCUGGUAGAGUAUCGUUUAUUGCGGAACUAAACAGCCUCGUGUCAACUGUUUGUGCUAGAAUGCGUCAUUGUCGCUUGCGUUAGCUGGCUAGCUAACAAGCUAACAGCUAGUUAAGGUUGUUUUGGUUAUUUUUGUAUGCGUUCCAUCAUAUUGACGGUGUCUAGACUCGGCUUUAGCUGCCGGCUUUAACUGCCGAUAACGUACAUUGAGGUGUAUUUGUAAAGUUGACCAGGACACCAUUGUCUGAGUUUACAGAAUACAUAGUUAAUGUAAAUCGUGGGUAGUGUAGCAGCUAGCUGGUUAGCUAACGCCAAACGUCGGUCGCCUAGCUUUAGCUACCCCUGUUAGGGAACGUCUGGGUUGUCCCUUUCCCCGAAGAGUGGACCUCUGGUGAGCUGCAAAGGCUUUCUCUGAACUGGACCCAAUGCGCGGGAUUAUGGGGACCCAGAGUAGUCCAGUGAAGAGUUACGAUUAUCUCCUGAAAUUCCUUUUGGUGGGAGAUAGCGAUGUUGGGAAGGGAGAAAUCUUGGAAAGUUUACAAGACGGAUCAGUGGAGUCUCCCUAUGCCUACAGCAGUGGCAUUGAUUACAAGACAACUACUAUCCUGCUUGAUGGCAAAAGAGUGAAAUUAGAGUUAUGGGACACAUCUGGGCAGGGCAGGUUCUGCACCAUCUUCAGGUCUUACUCUCGUGGAGCACAGGGGAUCUUGCUUGUGUAUGACAUCACUAACAACUGGUCGUUUGAUGGCAUCGACCGCUGGAUACGGGAAAUAGACGAGCAUGCGCCAGGCGUGCCCAGGAUCCUGGUGGGGAAUCGUCUUCACCUGGCUUUCAAGCGGCAGGUGCCCACAGAGCAGGCCAGGGCCUACGCGGAGAAGAACAGCAUGACUUUCUUUGAGGUCAGCCCGCUGUGCAACUUCAACGUCAUCGAGUCCUUCACAGAGCUUUCACGCAUUGUGCUGAUGAGGCACGGGAUGGAGAAGUUCUGGAGGCCCAACCGAGUCUUCAGCCUCCAGGACCUGUGCUGCCGCUCCAUCGUCUCCUGCACCCCCGUGUACCUCAUAGACAAGCUGCCCCUCCCCGUCUCCAUCAAGUCCCACCUCAAGUCUUUCUCCAUGGCCAACGGCAUGAACGCGGUCAUGAUGCACGGACGCUCGUACUCGGUGGCCAACAGUGCAUCGUCGGGCGCUAACGGUAGCAAAGCUAACAGUCUGAAACGCUCCAAGUCCUUCCGGCCUCCGCAGAGUCCUCCGAAGAGCUCGUCCUCUAAGGGGAACUGUAAGAUCUCAUAGUGAAGGAGAGGACUGGCGGUUAAAGUUAGAAAUGGGUUGUUACUCCGAGAGGUCACGAAGGCCAUAAAGGCGCACGGAGAGCCACCAGCAGUCUUCACAGGAACAGAUUUAGCUGUGAACUGUCAUUGUCCUUUGUGGACUUGCAUUGGUUUCUUUGGGACGUCUUGUGGAUGUUCCGUUCACCCGUACUCCUGACUGAAAGACGCUCGCUAUGAUCAAGUCAAACCAGAUUACCCCUGGGAGCGACAGAUGUGACUCUAGGGAGCACGGCUCACCUGUUAACACUACACACGAGUGGAGGGAUGUCGGCCAUCUUUUAUUAUGAAAAAGGACCUAUCGUAUUUGAAGUCGUAAAUAUGUGCUCGUUGUUUUGGUCUGUGAUGGUGAUUUGAUCCAGCUUAUGCUUGUUUUUGUCUUGAAUGUUUUGGGAGCCCUGCUUUCAGUGUUCAACUUAUUUGUGUUUCAUGGAAAACUCCUUUUUAAGGAUGCUUAUUUAAAACUCAGAUUUAGUUUUUAAAUGAGGUUUGAAUUGAAUGUCAUGAGAAACUAGUUUACCGGACAGACUAAUACAGGAUUACAAAUAAAUAACGAGACCGUUCUCUCUAGCGCUCAAUCUGUGAAAACAACAAGCAAAGUUGAGCCAAGUCGUCUCGUUUUUACAGACUCCCCGUUUGAAUUCCAGUCCGUUCUCAUUGGGUUUGGACAUCUGUUGACUUUCUCAGGCCAUUUUCUUAAUCGAAUAUUCUUAGUUGCAGCUUUAUCACUUGAACUGGUUUCAGCAGCUUGAUCAUUUCUCAGAGUUUUCACUUUUUGGGGGAACUUCCAGAGAUUGAUGGCGCUGGGGAGGAAACCUUGAACAAACGUACAGAUGGAGCCUUUGGGAAGUGAUCUUGUGUCUUAGCAGUACAUUCACCUUGGUGAGAGGAAUAUUUUUUAAUGGAUUGCUUUUUGGGGAUUUUUAUAUGCAAUGUAUUUAUGAAUGUAAAACAAUACUCUUCUGCUACUUUGCUGUGGCCGUGCGGUCAUUUGUGGGACUGUAAGAAUCAGAGGUGGAAAGUUAUUGUAAUACUUUUAACACGUUUUGAGUAUUUACUGUAAUUUCAUUCUUUUUUACAACCCUCAUAAUGUGUACAAUAGGAGGGGGUAGAAUGGUUUACUGUGGAGAAACAGGAUGUCAGAUGACUACGGAAAGUCUUGGACUUUAAAUCGUAGCUUACAAAAAUAUUGUUAAUUUAAAUAAUCCGAACAAAAUGCUUUUAUACUUUUAAAUUCUCAAUUUUCUUUCCACCUCUGAUUUAGCGUAUUAUACUUCCACUCCAACAUUCCCAGUGUCGUGGCUUAAUGUCUAAUACGCUCAUUGAGGGUAUAAAAAAACCGUGGUGCAUGUUUUCUACUGGCGCUGUAUGGAAAUGUAAAGCACUAUGUAAACGUUUGGUAAUGACCGUUGUUAUCAGAACUGUGUUUGCAUACUAUUGUGACUCCAUUGAAAACACAACCACCUAAAUAAAGAGUAAAGCUAUUACUAAAA